AUGGCACCAAAAUCAACGUUCAUCACUUCAAUCCAGCCACCGCCAGGACCCAGCGCAAAUCUAGUACUCCCAUCCGACACUAGCACCAACACCAACCCCACUAUCUUCAACGAUGCAAUGAUAAUCCGAAAAUCCGUCUUCAUCGACGAGCAGCACUGCACCGCCGAAUCCGAGAUCGACAGCGACGAUGCCCGCAGCUGGCACUGGGUACUAUACGACAACUCCACCGCGACCUCCACGCCUGCGGGGGUGAUCCGCCUGGUACCCCCGCCACAGGCGCCUCACGCCCAUCUGACGGAACCAUCAGCAGCGCAGGGAGCCCCCGAAUACGACUGGGCGCAUGAGCCCUGUAUCAAGCUGACGCGGGUGGCGAUCAUGCCGUCGUUCCGCGGGCUCGGACUUGGGCGACAAUUGGUGGAGACAGCGCUGGAGUGGGCGGCGGUGCAUGCGGCAGAUAUAGACGAGGGCGCGGCGCAGAUCGCUGCGAGGGGGCAGUCACCUGUUACUCCAAUUCCAUGGCGAGGGUUGGUCCUUGUGCAUGCUCAGGUGGAUGUGGAGGGCAUGUAUGCUGGGCUUGGAUUUGAAACUGAUCAUUCGCUGGGUCGGUGGCACGAGGAAGGGAUUGAGCAUGUGGGUAUGUUUCGGCGGGUGGUUCUGGAUAAAUAA